AAAUAAGACAGUGCAAGUUUAGACAGAACAAAUGGAGCCCCAGGAAAACUGGAAUACAUCUGAGAAAUCCAAGUUGUUGCAGCCUGGGCCACCACCCUACCAGGACCAUUAUGGAAACCCUCCUCCAGGGAGCUUUCAGAGCACCUCUGGGUAUCAAGGCCAGCCGUACGGCGCUCCAGGACCAUACGGGCAAGGGCCAUAUCCAGGUCAUCCUGCUGUCACCGUGCAGCCGGCAGUUUAUUUGACCAACACCCCACUGGCCUAUCCGCAGCCAGAUUACCUGGGCUAUUCCAUCUUUACCCUGCUGUGCUGCUGCUUUCCUCUGGGCAUUGUUGCUCUAAUUUACUCUAUCAAUACUAGGAAUGCCAACAUGUCAGGACAACAACAAAUAGCAGAGAAAAACUCUCAAAUGGCGCGCACUGUUAACCAUAUUGCUCUUGGUAUUGGCCUUGCCCUCUUUGUGUUGUACAUCGUCUACAUCAUCGUGGUGGUUGUCAACGCCGGUAAACACCAAACAACACCUCCUUAACUGUCAGGCAUAUCAGCUGGACACCAGGAAUGAGGGCUUUCCAAAAAUAACAUCAUAUA